GAAAUAUUUUUUCAAUAAUCAUUUAUUCCCCAUAUAUAACUAUUUUUUUUUUUUAAUUAUAGUAGUUACGUGAUAUUUUUAAUCACUACCAUCUAUUUUUAAUUACAAUAAUAGUAAAUAAAAUCACAAUCAUAAAUAGUUGUAGUAAUAUUAAUAAUAUAUUAAAAUAAUUCUAUAGAGUCAAUUUUUAAAAGAUGAAUAACAAUGAUAUGGAUUUUAAAGCAAAAGAGCUUCAAAGGCUUUUGGAGCAAUUUUAUCAAGGUGGAGACAGUCCAAAACAUAAAGAAAUUGACACUGUUUUAAAUAAUUAUAAAGCCCAAUCAGAUUCAUACGAACAUGUAAAAUACUAUCUUACACAUUGUGACAAUCAGUUUAUAAUUUGGUUUUCACUUUCAGUUAUCGAAGAUAAAGUCAAUAAGUCAUGGAAUAAUAUACCACAACAAGACCAAGUUAAUACAAAAAAUUUAUUAUUAGACAUUUAUUUAAAUAAGUCACAAAAGCAUAAGUCUUUACCAACUUUUAUUGUUUCAAAAUUAGGUCAAGUUAUAGCAGAUAUAGGAAGAUAUGAGUUUGAAAAGAAUCCACAAGGUUAUCUUCAAGAUAUUACUAAUUUAGUUAGAAACCCAAUUACUAGUAUUAGAGGUGUUAAUCUCUUACAAUGUAUUUCAGAAUCAUUCACAACAAAUAAAAAAGUAAUCACACAACAAAAAAAGAAUCAACUUAAAAAAUUAUUAACAUUACACACCCCAAUUAUUAUUGGUGUUCUCUCAGAAACUUUAAAUCAGUUGUUUGAUCAAAAUGCAGAAAAGAAAUUUAAAAAUGCAAAUUUAUUAGCUUUUCAAGUAGGAUCCCCAGACACAAAUACAUAUACCGGUUCAUUUAGUGCUGAAACAAAAAUUAUUACCAAAGCAGUUUUUGAUGCAUUAUUAAGUUAUUUUUCAUGGAUGCCUCUAAAUGAUUUAUUAACACCUAGUUUGAUUGAUAUUUUAUUUAAAUAUCUCAGAUUAGAUAAAAACAGUGUACCAGCAUUAGAAUGUUUAAAUGAACUUUUAUCAAAGAAUUUAGUACCAAAAGGAUUUGAAGAGUUUUUAAUCAGAAUUUUUCAUCAAAUUUAUUCAUUACUCACAGAUAUAACAUCAAACAAUGGCCAACAAAUCAAUCAAUAUAAUCCAGAUUUCAUAUCAAAGUUUACCCAAUUCAUCCAACUUUUUGUAACAAACCAUCUCAAACGUGUAGAAACAAAUCCAAAUUUCCCAAUUUCAGAUUUCUUAGCAUUACUUUUCCAAUAUAGUUUUAUUCAGACAGAUGUAGAAUCAUUUUUAUUGUGUAUCGAUAUUUGGUCAACAUUCUUUGAUUACCUUAUAACUCGUUGUCAAGAAAAUGGUAUUCCUGCUCCAACUAAAUAUACCGAUGGGUUAUUGGUUUUUCAAUCAGAAUUAAUUAAAAGAAUUCUUUAUUCAUUCAGCAGAAAUACUUUAUCAGAUAUAGACGAUGAAAGUGAAGAAUUAAAUGAAGUUAAUAUUUCUGAAACACCAUUAGAAAGUUAUAUUAAAAAGUGUAUUGAGGUUGUUGCAAAAGUCACAGAAUUAUACCCAGAAAAAAGUUUAGAAAAUUUGUACCCAUUAUUCACUCAAAAUGUAACAUCCUUCUUUUGUAAAGCUGAGGAAAAUAUUAAACACGGUUUAUUUAUGGAUCAAAAUGAUGUACAAUUACAACAUUUAAUUAAGGAUACCACAACGAUACUUCAACUCUUUGGAAGACUUGCUGAUCAAUUUGUAAAUUCCUUUGCUCAAACUUUUAAUCCAGCCAAUUUCAUUUUUCAAAAACUUUUAGAUAUGUGUUCAUUCUCUACUUCUCAAAAUACAUUCAAAAAUGGUUCAGAUUGGGAAAAAUUACAAAUCCAACUAUUAAAUACUAUAAGAUCAUUUUCAUAUUGGUUAUCAGAAUAUGGUAACCAAGUAAGAGCAGUUGUUGCACAACAACCAGAUUUUGAUAAUAAUAUAUCAAAAUUAAUUACCAUUAUUGUUCCAUUGUUUGAAAGAAGUGUUCCUGAAGAGAUUUCAAUUGCUAGUGGCAAAUUAUUAAUGUCGUUAGUUGUUAUAGCCAAACCAUUAAACCUUUUCACCCAAAUGGACUCAAUUAUUGGCAAUAUUCACAGCAUUGUUAAUCAAUUACCAACAAAUGUUCAAACUAUAAUUUAUCCAGCAAUUUCUUGUACUAUUUUAAUGCCACCAUCAAAUGUCAACUUAUCACAACAAUGGGACCAAAGAAGACCAAAAUAUUCACCAUUUAUUAAAGGUAUUACAUCAUCAUUAAUAGAGAUUCAACAAAUUCCAAGUUUUUGUGAAAAUAGAGAAUAUUAUAAAGAUCAAGUACUUAGAGUUUUAAAAAUAAUGAAGGCAAUCAUCAAAUCAGUUCCAGAAGCCACCAUGGCAAGAGGUAUUCUCCAUGAUGGUAUUCAAGAUACUCUUUUAAUUAUUUUAUCACUUUUUAGAAUUUAUAUAAAUUAUCCAGUAGUACUUAUUACUAUUUUAGAUUUUUUCUUUUCAUUAUUUGAAACACUUAAGACUCAAGUCGGUGUUGUUUUUACUCAACAAACCAUAACAACAUUUUUGGAGGUAUUAGGUACCGAAGAUUUAACCCAAUUAUUAACUGGAUCAAAUGAAACAGGUAUUUCAAUUGUAAAUAAGUUAUUAGAAAUUCUUACAUUUGUAGUUCAAACAUCAGGCCAUAAUUUUGAAAGUUUAUUAAAUUCUACGGUGGAAUAUGCAAUGGAAAAAAUUUACCCAAUUAUCGCAAAUAAUACAUCUCAAGUCAAACCAUCGUUUUUCAUACUUUUAUAUAGCAUUCUAGAUUGUCAUUGGAAGAAUUGCCAACCAGUACAAAUCAACAAAAUACUUUCAGCUUUUCAAACUACUUUCCAACAAAAUGAUGUAAAUUUAUUCAAACAAAAUCUUGAGCUCUUUGAAAAGUUAAAUACAAAGCUUAAACUUUAUGAUAAAAUCGCACAAAUGGAACCAGUUUUUGGAUGUUCUUUCAUCAGCAUGUUUUUCGAUGUCUUAAUUUCAAAUACUCAAAGUGUUCAUACUGAUGAUAUAAUAGUUACAAUUUAUAAAUUCGCCUCCACCAACUUUGAUAAAUUCUUUAACGAAUUUUUACACACCUUUUUAAUCCAAAAAAAUCAAAUUACAAAUGAACAAAAACAACUUUUAAGAUCCAAUUUUUCAAAUGAUAAAGAUCAACCAACAUUUGUUUCAAAUGUAACUCAACUUAUUAAUGAUUUUUCAUACUUUACUUUUAUUAAUAGUUAGAUAAUUAAUAAUAAAAUAUUAUAUAAAAAAAAAAAAUAAUAAAAAAAAUCAGUAAAUAGUAAAUAGUAAAUUUAAUAAAAAAAAAAAAAAGAAAAAAAAAGAAAAAAAAAAAAUAAUAAUUAUAAUCAAUAAUUAUAAUUAAUAAUAAUAAUAAUAAUAAUAAUAAUAAUAAUAAUAAUAAUAAACAAUAUUAAUAAUAAAUAAUAUUAAUAAUAAAUAAUAAAUAAUUAUAAUAUUAUCUUUAUAAAUAAUACACUUCGUAAAUAUAACACAUCCCUUUAAUACCACACCUGUUAAUAAUUCAUUUAUCAACUAUACAUAUUUCCUCCCUCAUUUUAUAAAUUAAUAAACAAUAAAAAUAUAUAUAUAUACACCAGAGAAUCAAAAUAAAAAAAUAAUAAUAAUAAUUUU